AUGAGGAAAUUGCUCCUCAUUUUUUGUUUCAUUCUAUCACAAUCACGAGCCCAAUUUGAAGACGGGCGUCUAUGUUUUUGUAAAGGAGAAGAAGCUGUCGAAGCUUGCUCGUGCUCGCUUCCAACUAAUAUCGAUAAAUUAAAUAAUGACCGAAUUUACGAAAAAGUGCAGAAGUUGCUCAAAAAGGACUUUUUCCGGUUUUACAAGGUGAAUAUGGACAAGACAUGUCCAUUCUGGUCGGAUGAGCGACAAUGCGGGACCAGUCAAUGCGGCAUCGCAUUCUGCGACGACGAAGUUCCCGUCGGCCUUCGCCGACCAUCGGCGGUGAACGUGGUACGGAUUUCGCAUCGCAAAAAUCACACUGACCGCUGGAACACGACGCGUAUUCCUACGGUUGGCAUUGUUCAGGACGAAGCGAAGAAGUGUGGCGAAAAGACAGCGAGCAAUCAAUUUGAUCCGAUGGAUCGCACGCUGAAUGAGAACGAGAAGAAGCAGCUCGAUGCGAUGGAUUAUCACGACGAAGGACUCGAGGACAAAUUUUGUGAAAUCGAAGAUGAGGAAUCAAUUAAUAUGCACUAUGUCGAUUUGUCAAAGAAUCCGGAAAGAUACACCGGCUAUUCGGGAAAAUCGCCACAACGAGUGUGGAAGAGUAUAUAUGAAGAGAAUUGUUUCAAACCGGAUCCGAAAUUUGACAAGAAUUUCCUUCUACACCCGAAUAAUUUUGGAAUGUGCCUUGAGAAGCGAGUGUUUUAUAGACUUAUUUCCGGACUUCAUUCGGCGAUCACUAUCUCGAUUGCGGCCUACAACUAUAAACCUCCACCACCAACUCUCGGAAAAUUUGGCUCGCAAAUCGGCCAAGGAACAUGGUUCAGAAACACGGAAAUGUUUGCGGGACGAUUUGGUACCAAAUGGUCUUGGGAAGGUCCGCAAAGACUGCGCAAUGUGUAUUUUGUCUAUUUGUUAGAGCUUCGAGCACUUUUGAAAGCGGCUCCGUACCUUCAGAAUGAGCUCUUCUACACAGGAAAUGAAAAGGAGGAUAGCGAGACUCGGGCUGCAAUUGAAGAGCUUCUUGAAGAAGUUCGACAAUUCCAAGACCACUUUGAUGAAUCAGAAAUGUUCACAGGAGUUGAGGCUCAAGCUCGCGCUCUUCGUGAGGAAUUCCGAUCGCAUUUUGUAAAUAUUUCAAGAAUUAUGGAUUGCGUUGAAUGCGACAAGUGUAGGCUUUGGGGAAAAGUUCAAGUCCACGGAAUGGGAACAGCUCUUAAGAUUUUAUUCUCUGAUCUCCCGCAUUCUCAUUAUAAGCACGACUUGUCUAAAUUCCAAUUAACGAGAAAUGAAGUUGUUGCCCUUCUCCAAAGCUUUGGCCGCUAUUCGUCGAGUAUCAUGGAAGUACAGAAUUUCAGAGCUGACAUGUAUCCAGAAGCAGCAGCUCAAGGACCCCAAACACCUACAACAACACCAAAGAUUGAACUAUGA